AUGAGCCACUACUCGUACGACGAGGAUGACCUCGAUGUCCACAUCCGCCGGCGCCACUCGCCGGAGCCUGUGCGAUAUGUCAGCACUGCGCCGCGACAAUACUACCCGCCGUCGUACCUUGUACCCGAUCAAGGUAUGCGUGUUGUUGCGCGUAGCCGCUCUCGCGAGCGAAACAGCCCGCCCCAACCCGCGGGCCCUGUCAUUAUUCAGAACAAAAUCUACAAUGACAUGUCUUCUGACGAUGAGUACGAGCCAUCCCGUCGACGGCGGCCUCGUCGCCGCAGCUCAUACUCGCGCUCGCGCUCGCGCUCAAGAAACCGUUACAUGACCAAGGAAGACUGGCAACUCGAACUGGACCGCCGGGAAAUAGAGAGAGUUCGUAUUGAGCAAGCCAAGGAGAAAGAACAUCGCCGAGCCAGCAAGGAACGCCAGGGCGACGAGGACCUGCGCCGAGCAAAGGAAGAGCUAGACAUGAUCAAGCGCCGAGAGGCACAGGCCGAAGAAGAGAAACGCAUCAAGCGUGAGAUUGAACUCCAGCGCCUGCGCGAUGAGGAGCGCGCUGCCGCAGAGAAGCAGAUGCGAGACAAGGAGGCCAAGGCUGCCGUGGAUAAGUACAAGAAGGAAGAGGCGGAGCGAAGAGAAAAACAAGAAAUGGAAAAAAAAGCUGCCGAAAAGGAGUACCAGAGGCGUCUGCAGGAGCAGCUCCUCGCAUCCGGACUAGACGAAGAGGCCAUCAACGCUAUCAUCAAAAAGCAGAAAAUCCCAGAAUCCAAGAAUGAGCGCGCGACGUACACCCGGAUGCCGCGCAAGCAUCUGUCAAUUGAGACUCUGCGAACCUUCAAGGUCGAAUACGACCUCGACACUGCUGAUCCUGCUGGGUUUGUCAUCAUUAAGCGACCGGUCCCGGAGUGGGAGCAAGACCACUUCUGGAAACAUACCAAGUAUAUCCGCGAGAAGCGCCUGAUUAUCGAAGAUAAGCGACACCACCACCGCCACAAGAGCGAUAUAGAGCUUGUCGUUCGCAAGAAGGAGCGUAAGAGGAGCAAGUCGCCUUCACCACUUAUGAUGUGGGUUGCAGGAGGUCGACCAUGA